AUGUCUAAAACAGGAACAUAUUUAUCCUUCGUAGCUCUCACAACUUGCUUUCUGUUGUGUUUUCUGCUGUCACACGAGCAUCGACGACUGCAGCGGCGGGUAGAAACACUGGAACACGCAGCUAAACCAUGUAGGUAUUGUUUUCAUAACCACUUUGCUGUUGGCUCCGUUAGCUUCAAACGGCUCCUCCUCUAAUUCCACUCUAUACAAAAUCCAGUUGUAGAGCUCUCUCUCUCUUUUUGUUUUUAUUCAAUGUUACUUUCCCCUUCCGUUAUUUUUUGUCGUUUAUGUUAACUUGGAGUUUCUCGUCAUACCUGUCAUUUUCGUCACACCUGUUAUUUUCAUUUCAUCAAUUGGCAAUCAGGACACUCAAAAACAGAAGUUGGAUGCACUGCACGUGAUAAGUUCGGAAGUUUUUAUCUGCCUAAUAAUAGGAUUAUGAAUACCGCAGUAAAAUCUAGUGUGCAGGUCGUUUUUGACAAAGUCGGAAGAGACCAAAAGGAGGAGAGGUGGACAUUGGCAUCGCUACAGAUUUCAUUAAACGAAAAUAAACAACAAAUAGAUAAACCUUGAAAUAAUUGCUCCUCAGUUGUUCUCUUAACGAGAUUUUGCAAACAGCUUAGAGGUGCACGGUACUGUUGUUCCUCUCGAGAAGGAUCCUCCUCGAAAAAAGGUCCCAUAUAAAAUGUCCGAAAGGUAUUAUUGUUCUCCUCCGACACUGUAUGAGCCACGCCCAUUCAAAGUUAUUACAGUGACUCUCGUCAACUAGAGCUGGCAUUCAGCUUUCUUUUGACUCAACUCAGUACCUCCAGAACUAAAUUGUACUGUAAAACAAUCCCCUUCUGUUGUUCCGUAGAAGAAAAAGUGCUGCCAGAAUUUACAGUAGCGAUCAUUUCGACUACUCCUAUGUGAUCGUCAACAGUCGACUUUGAAAUGAACUUGUCCCAAUUUAGCGCUCAUCUGUUUUUAGCCAUGAGAUAGUAUGAAUUAUUAAGAUAUUCAAUAACAGUACCUAAUACUGAACCAUUCGAACGCUUCAGAUCUGGAUGAAACAAACGCUCGUAGAGCCAAGAGGGACAACGAUGAUGUUAUUGAGCAUGACUUGGAGUGCAGUCAAAAAUUGAUAGCAUGUGUACAGAAGUUCACUGAAAAUCAACUGCGCUCCCUUCUUGAGAACAAGAUCUGUGUAAAUGACGAAAGCAUUUGUGUUCAAGGACCCGCAGGACCUAAAGGUGAUAGGGGACCAGCUGGAGAACGGGGCCCCCAGGGACAAAAGGGGGAUACCGGGCAGCCGGGGGUAAAAGGAGAAAAAGGUGACUCAGGUAAGCCGAGGUUAAUCUUGUACCCAGAUCUUACCGUGAAACAGUUACAUUUUUUUUAUUCAGCGUUAUUUAGAUUCAUCCAAUUAAACUAGUUUCAAGGACGGCAGGUGAAUAAAAUUUUAUCUAGAUGGAUUUCGGACAAAGUCACGUCUAUGAUUUUUUACCCUAGGGGCCGGUGCUGAUGGACUUUUGACGCCCUCCAUGCCAGCUUUUAUUGUAAAACCACAGCCUGUAACAGUGAGAGAGAAUGACACCGCCUCCAUUCUCUGCAUGACCGAUGGAAUGCCGAGGCCUGAUGUGACCUGGAGUCGUGAAGGCGGCCAACUGCAGAACGAGAGGAGUUUUACUUUGAUUGACGGCUCCUUAAUGAUAAUGGACACUGUCCCUAAUGAUCAAGGUACCUACGUUUGCAAAGCGUUGAACUUUGUUGGUGAGGUGGAAGCGAAGGCAAACUUAACUGUGUUAGGUAAGAUGUAGUUAUGGAACAUAGAUCGGUAAUUAAGUCAGACAAUUUAGGAGACCGGGUAAUCCGAAAAAGGGUAAUUUAGUAUUAUCAACUGAUUUGAUAACGUAAAUUGGCCACCGUAAAGAGGUUAAAAACUGACGUUUAGAGCGUAAGCCCCUCGUCAGAGCGAACUCUUCAGAGUGGCCAAUUUAUAUUAUCAACUCAGUUAAUAAUACUAAAUUACCCUGUUAUACUCUCCCACCGACCCAGCACCACAGUUUCUUCAUCAGAAACUUACCCCCCCCCCCUUAAUCCGAAAAAAGUCAGUCCUGAAUACCAGAAAAACGGCUUUGUUGAUUUUUGGGGGGGGGGAUCAUUCAUCGCCAUCAAAGCAUGAAGGCGGGGAUCGUAUGCAUAAUAAUUAUAGAGCGACCUCCCCCACCCCCACCCCCACCCCCUCUCCAAAGUAAUUAACAAUGACCUGUCCUGUAGGGGAUUACGAACCAAGCACGAUCCACUGAUUCAGAUCUUCUUCUUACUUUCAUUUCAGUUUUUUGCGAGGUGUUAUCGUUCCAGUCUAUUUGUUUGCUUACUAUUAUUUUUUAUGUUUGUUUGUUAUCUGUAGUUCCCGUUCGCAUCUUAGACCAUUCGCCCCACAAGUUCGUAGAAGAGGAAAGCGAAUUGACACUCCGCUGUCCUGUAUUUGGAAGACCUGAGCCGAAGAUCACAUGGAAUAAAACUUCCGGUGCCCCCUCCGCCUGGGAAACGUUUCUAAAUGAAGGAGAAUUAAGAUUUAACAAAAUUGAGCUUGAAGACAGCGGCUUCUACACAUGUCUGGCUGAAAACAUCUUUAACGAAGUCGUCGUUAUUCUGGGAGUGACUGUAGUUCCUCGUUUGAAAUUUGUUAUCGUUCCAAAGAAAAAGACGGAGGUUCAUGUUGGCGAUGACGUAGUUUUGACAUGCGUAGCAGACAGUGGAGAAUUCAUUCCCGUUAUCACGUGGUCGAAGACAUCUGGCGGUUUACCUUCUGGGUCUCGUUUAGAUGAAAAUGGAACUUUGUUCAUCGCUAACGCAUCUUUUGACGCCACUGGUUCUUAUGAGUGCAUUGCGAAAAAUAUCAUCACUUCUAUUGAAAUUGAAGUGGAAGUGGACGUACUGGUCCGAACUUGUACUGAAUGGAGAAAGCUUGGUUACACAGAAAGUGCAGAGUACCGGAUUGAUCCGGAUAUUGAGGGUCCAGUUCCUGCGUUUCAAGCGCUCUGCGACAUGGAGGAUAAAAAUGGCGUCGGAAUUACAAUCUUUCGUCACGACAGUGAAGGCCGAAUUCAAACUUUCACAUGUGAUCCACCAGGCUGCUACAGAAGAAAUAUCAACUACACAACAACUUCAUUGGCUCAGAUUGUAUCGGUGAUCAAUGUCUCGUCUCACUGUGAACAAUUUAUCCGAUACGACUGUAUGAACUCACUGCUACUGAACCAAGGUAUGCCUGUAGGCUGGUGGGUGUCACGUGACGGAGAGAAGAUGAAGUACUGGGGAGGAGCUCCACCUGAAAGUGCAAUGUGUGCAUGCGGAGUAAACAACACGUGCGCUAAGGGAGGAAUCUGUAACUGUGAUGCUAAUGACUACGUCCUUCGCCGUGACGAGGGGAUGUUGACGGACAGAGCCACCUUACCUGUAACUCAGCUAAGAUUCGGAGACGCUGGCAAAUUUAACCGCGAGUUUGGAUUUCAUACACUUGGGGAACUGAAAUGUUUUGGACUUUUUCAGUAAGACGUUCGGUAUUUCAAUAUUCCGGUCGCUAAGGUGUGACUGCAUAACGUUCCCUGAAGAUUGUUUUGCAAGGACACUCGCCUGGUCAAUAUUCAAAACCGUUAUAGUACUAUGUUAAACUGAAGAUUUGCUACGAAAUAUAAGAUGGCCUACAAGUGUAACUGGCUGCAGUUAUAGCGAUUUAGUUAUUUGUCAUAUCAUAUUAAAAAUACAGAAACUUAGUUCGAGGACUAAGUGAAUCGAGUGAUAAGAAAUUAUUCAAAGAAAAUGAAGACGGCUAGAAUGUAGCAAUUCUUAACUAAUGAUCACAUAAACCGCCAAACCCGAUUUUUCUUGGUUUUAUAAGAGGUGAUCAAUAUACCGACAUGCUAUUAAGUAUUGCUAGACACUUGAAUUCUUUAAUAAAGCGUAUAAUCUUUAUUAAAUACAGGUUGUGUAAAACGUACCCUUUCAAUAAAAACACAUUUGAAGAC